CCUGGGAGGAACUGUGAGUGACUCUGGCAGCAACCAUUGUGGAGCAAAGAGAAUAAUGUAUCAUUUGGAUACAUGCUACAUUUUUAGUUAAAGUCCAUUAGUACCGCCGAAUUAUGCAUUUCUUAUGAAUCUACCAGGUUCUUUCAUGAGGGAUUAGGACUUAAUAAGACCCGAUAUAGAGCUCAUUUGGGGGUAGCCGGAAGAGAGAGAGGAAGAUUUAGGAAGAUUUAGCAAACUGCCGCUGCUUCUGGAGGCUUCUGAAGCUCCUCUCGUUCAUCUCAUGCCGUUUCUCAGACUCAUAAGUGGUGAUGAACUGCUAGUCGCCGCUUCUUCUCGUUUUCAGCUUAGAGGCCCAUCAUGGUCCUUUUCUUCUAGCUGCCCUGUUGCUUCGAUCGCGACAUUGCAUCUUCUUUUAGGGGUUCUCUCAGGUUGUGGAUUCUCUUGUAGAGGGAGGUUCAGGUUGUGUCGUGCCUGAGGUUUUAGGUUUGUGACUGUAGUUCGCCAUGUAUCGUGUGGCGGCAGCAUUGGCGUCCCGCGUCAGCAGGGGACAAUCACUUGUGCAAGCAUGUAGAUUGCAGUCAGCUCGCAAAUUCUCUGGGAAGGAUAUCAGGUUCGGAGUUGAGGCUCGAGCUCUUAUGUUGCAAGGUGUGGAGCAACUUGCAGAUGCUGUGCAAGUGACCAUGGGCCCCAAGGGCCGGACUGUUAUCAUCGAGCAAUCUUUUGGAUCUCCUAAAGUGACCAAGGAUGGUGUUACUGUUGCGAAAAGCAUUGAAUUCAAGGACAGGCUUAAGAACGUGGGAGCGUCACUUGUAAAAUCGGUAGCAAAUUCUACCAAUGACGUCGCUGGAGAUGGAACCACUGCUGCAACAGUGCUCACACGAGCUAUUUUUGCUGAAGGGUGCAAAUCAGUAGCAGCUGGUAUGAACGCAAUGGACUUGCGCAGGGGCAUCAACCUUGCUGUGGAAGCAGUUGUAGCUCAUCUCAAGAGCCAAGCGAAGAUGAUCAGCACAUCUGAGGAGAUUGCACAGGUGGGAACAAUCUCUGCAAAUGGGGAUCGUGAAAUUGGUGAUUUACUAGCUCGCGCCAUGGAGAAAGUAGGCAAAGAGGGUGUUAUUACUGUUGCGGAUGGAAAAACUUUGUUCAAUGAAUUGGAGGUUGUUGAGGGUAUGAAGCUCGACAGAGGAUAUAUUUCCCCUUACUUCAUUACCAAUGCGAAGACACAGAAAGUGGAACUGGAAAAUCCCGUGAUUUUGAUCCACGAGAAAAAGAUCAACAGUCUUCAAUCAAUCCUUCCAGUGCUUGAGCUUGUGGUUAAGGAUCAAAGGCCAUUGUUGAUCGUUGCCGAAGACGUAGAAAGCGAAGCUCUGGCUACUCUGAUUGUUAACAAGCUCAGAGGAGGUGUUAAGGUCUGUGCAAUCAAGGCACCUGGUUUUGGUGAGAACAGGAAAGCACUCAUGCAGGAUCUUGCCGUGAUUACGGGUGGUCAGCUCAUCAGCGAAGACCUGGGAUUCAAACUUGAGAAGAUUACUCCAGUAAUGCUUGGAUCUAGCAAAAAGGUAACUGUAUCAAAAGAUGACACGAUUAUCUUGGAUGGCGGAGGUGACAAGACCAUCAUUGAAGAUCGUAUUGAGACGAUCCGAGAGGCUAUCAACAGCGCAACUUCUGAUUACGACAAGGAAAAGUUGCAAGAGAGGUUGGCUAAAUUAUCAGGGGGUGUUGCUGUGCUCAAGAUCGGAGGAGCAAGCGAAGUUGAGGUGAGUGAAAAGAAAGAUCGUGUUACUGAUGCACUGAAUGCUACUAAAGCUGCUGUCGAGGAGGGGAUUGUACCUGGUGGUGGUGUUGCUCUAUUGUAUGCUUCCCGGGAGCUUGAUAAGAUUCAAACCGCGAACUUUGAUCAGAAGGUUGGAGUGCAAAUCAUCCAGAAUGCCUUGAAGAUGCCCGCCUACACAAUUGCACAAAACGCUGGUGUGGAAGGGGCUGUGGUUGUUGGAAAGCUGUUGGAGCAAACCAAUAUGAGCAUUGGUUAUGAUGCUGCUAAAGCCGAGUAUGUUGACAUGGUGAAGGCAGGAAUCAUUGAUCCUGUAAAAGUUAUUAGGACUUCACUUGUUGAUGCUGCCAGUGUCGCAUCGCUAAUGACAACAACUGAAUCAGUAGUUGCUGAUUUUAACAAAGCCGAGGACAAGGAAAUGAUGGGAGGCAUGGGAGGCGGCAUGGGAGGCAUGGGGGGCAUGUAUUAGAAAGUCUAAGGAAAUGGUAGAUAAAAUUUUCAUUAGUGCGUGGAGUUGACUGUAUACACGCACUAAUAACAUGCCUCGGAAGAAAGUUGGUGCAGUGAUCGGGAAACUCAUUUUUGUCCUUCUGUCAGAGAACACAAAUUUUGGCCACACAAUGUAAUCAAAGAGUCAAUUUUCGAAAUUCUCGAACUUUCAGUUCGAAGGAGAUUGAUAUGACCCAUUCAAGUCG